UCUCUUCUUCCGCUGUGCUGUUCGAAUGCAUUUGAUCAUGCAGCUUGAGCGUGCAUGGCAUCGAUUGGACAAAUCAGCUGUUGUGACGUAACCUACGUGAAUUCGAAAAUGCUGCGGCGUAUAUUGCCUAGUGCGCGGGUAGUGCUGCAAGUAUCAAAGCCAAUGGUAAUUGCGAGUCGAUGUAAUACCUACAGUGUAUACGAGCCGGAUUAUCUCGAGUCCCUCAAGCCAAAGUUCCCGCAAUACGAAAGCCUCAACGUGCAGAUUAAGGGCUACGAUUACCCACUCCUCGAGAGCUAUCAACGCUUCCUCCAUAGUGUGGCGGAAUACCUCGAUUUGGAUGUCUCCGAUUGCUACGCUUUGCCUCCACAGCAGACGCAAGUGCAACGCCUGCGACCCAAUUCGACAGUCAUUGAGUCCGAGUACAAGCUGACCACCUACGAACGCAGCCUGCUUCUAAGCAAUGUGGACGCACCUGUUUAUCCACAAUUUCUAAGGAUUGCACAGGCGGCCCUUCCAGAGGGCGUUCAUCUGACAGUGGCGGAGCAUACGGAUGAGCAUGAUGAACGACGCUAUGUGCCCGACAAGGAUCUGCUCGAUCUCAAGGCGGAACUAGAGCGCAUGGGCGGCGUUACGCCCAAUAAGAAAAAAUAAUAAUUAGCACACAUUUGUCAUUUGGCAAAAACAUUUAAAACUAGUUUUUAUUUUAUUGAAUAAAUCUGUAAAAAUCGUAGAAGGGAAACAUAUUUAAAAUAGAAACUUUUC